AUGGAUCUCGCCAAUACCCUCAUUCGCAGCGUCGUACGCGCUUUUUACGAGACUCGACAUAUAUUGGUCGUGGAUGCGCUCUUCAUUCACUCAGUCCUUCAUGCAGAGGAUCUCGCUUUCUUGAUGGGCAUGCAGCAGAAGGACCUGCGGAAACUGUGUGCGCGACUACGAGAAGAUCGCUUGAUCGGAGUGAGCACACGCGCUGAAAUUCGCGAUGGAUCAACUCGCCCCGUGAAUCGAGAAUAUUACUACAUCCCCCUUCAUCCGGUUAUCGAUGCGAUCAAGUACAAGGUCUCCAAAUUGACCUCAACAAUCAAGGAGCAGUACACACCAAGCGAGGAGCGCAAAGAAUAUAUGUGUCCCCGAUGCUCGGCGGAAUGGACUGAACUGGACGUCCUGAGUCUCGUCUCCGAGGAAGGGUUUGAAUGUCAAAAUUGUGGCGCAAUCUUGGAGCGCACUGAAGAUCUCAAGGGCGAGGAGGGCAUUGACCGAACUGGUCAUGAGAAAAAUAGCAAACUCAUGGCACAGCUCGACAAUAUGCUCAAGCUCUUGAAACAGAUUGACUCUGUGGAGAUCCCGCCGAACGACUUUGACACUGCCUGGGACCACAAGGUCGAAGUGCCCCGAAACCUCAGCACCCAUCCCAUUCGUGCGGCCAUCCCCGUGCCGCCCAAGGCACAAGAUGUGGUGCGCGGAAACCUCAAGACCGAUGCUGCAGCUUUGGAGAUUUCCCUUACCUCCAGUGAAGAAAAGAGUGCUGCCGAACAGGCCGAGGAGGCUGCCCGCAAGGCCGCCGUGGAGAAGCAAAACGCCUUGCCCGUGUGGCACACUCAUUCUACUGUCGAUGCUGCUGCCCCUGCUCGGGCUCAGACCGAGGCCGGAGUCUCUAUCAAACCCGACCUCGAAGAUGAGGAGCAAAAGCCCACCCUGGAUGACUCGAACGACAAGAUUGCCGCAUAUUACGCCGAGAUGGCCAGAGAAAAGGCCCUCCAGGAUGAACAAGAUGCGAGCAGCGCGGAAGACUCUGACGAUUUCGACGAGGAUUUCGAAGACGUUGGUAUUUCUGGACCCAGUGGCCCAGGGACUCCGGCCACCGGGCCUGGCCCAACCAGUGUUCCUACUCCUUCUGGCCUGACAGGUAUCAAGAGGGAACACGACACCUCAAGCGCUGCCCCGUCCUCCGUUGGCACUCCAUCUACACCCGCUGAUGAUGGGCCCGCGAUGAAGAGGAUCAAGUCGGAUCCUGAUGUGAAGGCCGAGCCGGACGUGAAGGACGAGGAAUCUGACGAGGAUGAAGAAGAGUUCGAGGAUGUUUGA